AUGCUUCCCGGAAAGUGGACUGCGCGGGCGUCGCUGGCUAGGCUGCGACACCGGCGGCGGCGGUGCCAAGGGCACGGGGGCAUCGUCAACGAUGGUGGAUGGCGCAGCCGGUCGGGCCGGUGGAGGAGCCGGUGGAGCCAGCAGCCGCUGUGGAGACGACGGCUGUUGCUGCUGGACGGGGUCUGGCGGCCCUGCACGCCGACCACGGGUGGAAGGGAGCGCAUCCGGGCGGCUGGAAAAAGGCGGCGGAGCUGUUUGCUGGAAAGAAGAGGCGGUCGGGAAACCCUGAUACCAGCGCCUGAGUUGGUUGCGGUGGCGGCGGACCACUUUGUCAGCGAUGCAGACAUCAAAGAGCUGAUGGCCUUGCGGCCAGACGAUCACCCCCUGAAUCCAUCCAGCGCUCAGGCCGAAACCUCGCGCCCAGAUAAGGGAUCCAGGAACAAAGGGAGCCUGUGCAGUCGGAACCUGUCGUUUGGGUCCAGGCCGGAGGAGGUGCCAAAGGAGGAAGCCAAGGCAAGGAGAGGAAGCCAAGGCAAGGAGAGGAAGCCAAGGCAAGGAGAGGAAGCCAAGGCAAGGAGAGGAAGCCAAGGCAAGGAGAGGAAGCCAAGGCAAGGAGAGGAAGCCAAGGCAAGGAGAGGAAGCCAAGGCAAGGAGAGGAAGCCAAGGCAAGGAGAGGAAGCCAAGGCAAGGAGAGGAAGCCAAGGCAAGGAGAGGAAGCCAAGGCAAGGAGAGGAAGCCAAGGCAAGGAGAGGAAGCCAAGGCAAGGAGAGGAAGCCAAGGCAAGGAGAGGAAGCCAAGGCAAGGAGAGGAAGCCAAGGCAAGGAGAGGAAGCCAAGGCAAGGAGAGGAAGCCAAGGCAACGAGAGGAAGCCAAGGCAACGAGAGGAAGCCAAGGCAACGAGAGGAAGCCAAGGCAACGAGAGGAAGCCAAGGCAACGAGAGGAAGCCAAGGCAACGAGAGGAAGCCAAGGCAACGAGAGGAAGCCAAGGCAAGGAGAGGAAGCCAAGGCAAGGAGAGGAAGCCAAGGCAAGGAGAGGAAGCCAAGGCAAGGAGAGGAAGCCAAGGCAAGGAGAGGAAGCCAAGGCAAGGAGAGGAAGCCAAGGCAAGGAGAGGAAGCCAAGGCAAGGAGAGGAAGCCAAGGCAAGGAGAGGAAGCCAAGGCAAGGAGAGGAAGCCAAGGCAAGGAGAGGAAGCCAAGGCAAGGAGAGGAAGCCAAGGCAAGGAGAGGAAGCCAAGGCAAGGAGAGGAAGCCAAGGCAAGGAGAGGAAGCCAAGGCAAGGAGAGGAAGCCAAGGCAACGAGAGGAAGCCAAGGCAACGAGAGGAAGCCAAGGCAACGAGAGGAAGCCAAGGCAACGAGAGGAAGCCAAGGCAACGAGAGGAAGCCAAGGCAACGAGAGGAAGCCAAGGCAACGAGAGGAAGCCAAGGCAACGAGAGGAAGCCAAGGCAACGAGAGGAAGCCAAGGCAACGAGAGGAAGCCAAGGCAACGAGAGGAAGCCAAGGCAAGGAGAGGAAGCCAAGGCAAGGAGAGGAAGCCAAGGCAAGGAGAGGAAGCCAAGGCAAGGAGAGGAAGCCAAGGCAAGGAGAGGAAGCCAAGGCAAGGAGAGGAAGCCAAGGCAAGGAGAGGAAGCCAAGGCAAGGAGAGGAAGCCAAGGCAAGGAGAGGAAGCCAAGGCAAGGAGAGGAAGCCAAGGCAAGGAGAGGAAGCCAAGGCAAGGAGAGGAAGCCAAGGCAAGGAGAGGAAGCCAAGGCAAGGAGAGGAAGCCAAGGCAAGGAGAGGAAGCCAAGGCAAGGAGAGGAAGCCAAGGCAAGGAGAGGAAGCCAAGGCAAGGAGAGGAAGCCAAGGCAAGGAGAGGAAGCCAAGGCAAGGAGAGGAAGCCAAGGCAAGGAGAGGAAGCCAAGGAGAGGAAGCCAAGGAGAGGAAGCCAAGGAGAGGAAGCCAAGGAGAGGAAGCCAAGGAGAGGAAGCCAAGGAGAGGAAGCCAAGGAGAGGAAGCCAAGGAGAGGAAGCCAAGGAGAGGAAGCCAAGGAGAGGAAGCCAAGGAGAUGAAGCCAAGGAGAUGA